CUAGCUAGCUAGCUAGCCAGCCAGUAAGUUGGGUAACGAGUUGACUACCCCGUAAACGUGUAUUUAUUUUACGGUUAAUUAAAGAAGUUGUUUCAGAUGUCUGUGACAAGGUUACCCCCGGUAACGUUAAGUCUCAAACAGUUUCUGCAGCGGCAGAAGGUGCUGGGUCUGUACAGGACCAUGCUGAGGACGAUACGACAGGUGCCGAACGAGCAGGAUCGCAAAUACCUGCGGGACUGGGCGAGGGAGGAGUUCAAGAGAAACAAAGGUGCCACUGAUCAGGACGCCAUCCGUAUGAUGGUCACUCAGGCAAACAUGCAUCUGCAGGAUCUACAGAAAUCGCUCGCCCUGGCCAAAAGCUAGCAGCGCUCCGACAGCUGGACUGAGAACCGUAUUCUCUUUUUAUGUGAGUGGCUCGGUGACAUUCUGAGCAGUGGCUGGAAAACUACGAAUAUUUAUAUACUGAGGACUGAGUAUUGUAAGUUUGAAACAAGACUGAACUUUCUGGAAUCGUACUGACCACUUUUCCAUCCACUGCAUCCUCAAGACUCCACUGCAAUGUGUGUCUGCAGGAGCUAUGAGCAUUCAGUUUGGAAUGCAUUCACUGUUGCAGUCUCUAAGACAUAGUUUAUACUCCCAUGAUUCUUCAGUCUGUCAGACACAUUUGAAAUGACACACUGUGACUGAAAAUGAGUCUUUCAAAAUAAAAACUUUAUUAGCAGACAUCCUGGGGAAACCCAUUAAGAGGUGACUUAUUAAAUAGAAUAAAUUACACAUAUUUUACAACCAAAACCUGCUGAUUUUGUACACAGAAUGUGGAAUAUUUGAACCAGUAACUGAGACUGCCGUCAUGGGGCCUUCAAUGAUGUGCACGUGAAAAAGAGAAUCUCUUUCUUUUAAGGUGACAUUAUUUAGUAGCAUGAGCCUGUGAUUCCAGGUCUCCUGCACUUUCUCCAUGCGGAAAUUCUCUCUGGAAUAGGUGACCAUGUCAGAGAAGGGGUUUGGAAGCUACGCUAAGACGCAUCUUGUAAAAUAGCUUAUUGCAGUAUGGUUUCUUCAAAAUGGUGCAGAAUUCAGUGCUCAGGCUCUGGUGUGUGUACACUGACUUCAGUGUUAGAGCUGUUGAAAUAUGAACCAAUACAGUACUGUGGCAAAAGCUACAUCGGAUGUAACCAUACUUUUCUUUUAAUGUUAUGUAAUAUUAACAAAGCUUUUUGAAGUGGUGACCGACCCUGACCCAAUAGCUACUGUUGUGUGAGAGCUUAUCCACUUCGUCUGUUUGCGUGAGCUGACCGGUGGCUAACACUAACAGAUACUCAGAUGAGGGCUGUGCUAUGAAGGGAUACUGCAGGCAUUCCAGCUUAAAUGGAAAUAUGAAUUCAUCUGAAUCUGUGCA